AUGACCUCUGUAAUGUCACUGAGAACUGCCAAGAACAGCCAUUUGACGAUUCACACAACAACAUCUCCAACCACACGAAAUCCUAUGGAAACAGAUGUGUCACCUAUUGAGAUCUUGAUCAGCCAAGCAUCAACAACUCAUUUCAAGUCAUCAUACGCUCGGAGAUCACUCGAUUCAUCUGUAGCCAUAACAACCACAACAACAACUUCAAGCACAUUGGCACGACGCAACGACGUGACAUUAUCUUCACAUCUCACUCUCUUCAAACAACAAGAACAUUCCAUUUGCAAACCGAAACGCAUGCAAAAGAACAAGUUACGAAACAAGUACAAACCAACUAAUUUAUUCAUUAAGGAGAAUUUCAAUUCCUUGAAUGAAAAUCAACCAAAUUCCCUUCUUCACAAUAACAAUCCACUUCCUUCGACGCAUUUCCUCUCAGACAUGAUGAGUACGAGUUGUGGUGGAGUUGUCCAGUCCAUGACUUUGGAUUACACUCUUCAACAACGCAUUGGUUGUGGAGGUUCAAGCUCUGUUUUCACAGCUCUUCAUAAUAAGAGUGGUGAAAAAGUUGUCAUUAAGAAACUGAAUUGUUUUACAACCUCGUCCUAUGGAGGCCAUGAUCAUUCCUAUCAGGAAUAUGUUCAACGAUGUUUUGUGAAUGAAGUUCAAAAAUUGAAAAGUCUUAGAAAUUGUGAAUUUUCAGUUCAAAUCAUAGACUCUAUACUCACUUCACACAAUUAUGACAUGUACAUUGUUUUGAAGUAUGAAGAAGGUGUCAUGUCUUUGGAUCAAUGGAUUCAACAUGUGAAUUCACAACAACAACAACAACAUCACGACAUGAUCAUUUCUGAAUCUUGCUUACGAGAAUUAAGCUUCAGAUUGCUGAACAUUCUCAAUCAGCUUCAUCAAAACCAUAAACUCGUUCACAGGGAUAUAAAACCUUCAAAUAUUUUGGUGAAAUGUUGUCCCAUGAAACCGAACAACUCUGAAAGCAACCGUCCUUCCUCAAAUGGAUCCUGGUUUGAAAAGAUGUAUUUGUGUGAUUUUGCUUUUGCUUCAAGUAUUGCUCCAGAUGCAAAUAAUGCCAAUGAAAGACAUUUUGAUCAGUCAUGUACUGAAAUUUAUGGAUCUCCUCAAAAAUUGAUGAAAGUGUCACAUUGUCAUUCCUCUACAACUGUAACGAGUGGUACCACAGAUCCAUUAGAUGAUAUUUGGAGUGCAGGAAUAUCCAUUCUUGAGGUGAUUUUAGGUCACUCUCCUUUGGCCACCCAAACCAAUGGUUUCUUUCAUCAAGAUAUUUUACAAUUUGAUUUGGAUAGGAUCAUUCGUUCUCAUCCAAGAAAGUUUUCACAUCUGUCUACAGCUUUUAUUAGUUUUCUAUCGAGAUGCUUAAGUGUACCUCUCGAAGAACGUUACAAUGCUUUUCAAUUAAUGGAAUUAUUGAAAUCUUCUUCAACUUCUAUGUGUCCAAACGUUGAUGAUUGUAGUAAAUAA